AAUACAGCGAUUUAUGCCCUGUAAUGAUGCAAUAUACACGUUAUAAAAAUCGACAAAUUGAAUUUCCGUGUCCAAUAUCAUUGACAGUGUUUGGCCGUAGUUUUAUGCGAGGCUUAUUUAAAAUGAAUUUAUUGGAAUUCAUGCAAAGGGGCAUUUACUGAAGAUCAAAUAUAGAACUACUGAUGUUGACACGAACUAAUACCCAAGAAUUGUCAGUGCGAACAAUGCGUGCUUUUAAAUGCACGCCGUACAAUAUGCGUAGAUUACAGAAUGUUAACGCACUGGAGUUCUUGAAUAUUGUAAGGAUUACUGUACGGACUGUUUAUUAAUAUGUAUAUAAACUAGGACAGGCAGUAGAGAGACUCGUGCCGGGUGCAUCGAUGCAACAUCGGAGAGUGCCGAUUACGACCGAUGUUAGCUGUCGUAGUCGUUGCAUGUGGUCUGAAACACGUUGCUCUGAAAAUGAAGUGAAUUGGGUAUUGCUCAAUGUUUUGUAGAUGAAAAUACAUUAUUAGGUGUGUUAAAAAACUAGAAACACGAAUCGUAUUAAAAGUUCUGGUAUGUGAAUCGUGACAAGAAGAGGAUAGACGUCAUGCGUUAUAAAUUUAAUGUUUUUUACUGCAACAGCCUACAUUUAGAAAUUAUACAGUAACGCACUGAAUCAUUUAUUAUUUUAGAAGAAUUUUUACCACGGAUAAAGUGACAAUGGAGCUACCAUUAAUCUGGGAUGAGAGCAUGGAGAGCUCAGAGGAGGAUCUCACUCCACGACCUUACCAAUCCCAGGUCUUGGAUAGGGCCCUGGUUCAAAACACAAUAGUAUUUCUUCCAACUGGAUCAGGGAAAACUUUCAUUGCAGUAAUGUUAAUAAAACGAUUAUCUGCUGAUAUACAAGAAAAAUUCUCCAAUGGUGGAAAAAGAACAUUUUUCCUUGUUAAUACUGUAGCUUUGGCUGAACAACAGAAGAACUUUAUACAAAGACAUGCAUGUGUGUCUGUUGGCCACUAUACUGGCGACAUGAAUGUUGAUUAUUGGGCUGAAGAAAAGUGGAGGGAGGAAUUAGACAAAAAUCAGGUACUAGUCAUGACUGCACAGAUUUUACUGGAUAUUCUUAAUCAUAAUUACCUCCAACUGAGCAGCAUUAAUUUGCUUGUAUUUGAUGAAUGUCACCAUGCUGUAAAUCAACACUGCAUGAGUAAGAUAAUGAAGCACUUUGAUUAUUACCCUGAAGAAGAGCAGCCUCGAGUACUGGGCCUCACAGCAACACUUCUUAAUGCUUCUGUCAAGUAUCAUAGAGUUCCUGAGACAGUAACAGUAUUAGAAGACACAUUCAAAAGUAAAAUAGCAACAAUAGAAAAUGUAACUGACGUUGAAAGGUACUGCUCUUUAUUACCCCAGGAUACAUAUACUAAACUUGUUCCAUACUGGUUUCUUGUGGACCAACCAGUGCCUCCUUAUCAGUGCAUUUUGCAACUGCCCAUAAACUCACCACUGAAAGAUGGAUUUAAGGGGAAAAAGAUGCCAAACAAAAAAUUAGCAAAACAGUCUGCAGCCUUUGCAGCAUGUGUAGCUCUUCAUAAAGCUGGAGAAUUAAACAAUCACUUGCUACCAGUGGGACAUUCACCUGAACAAUUUAUUGAUGAAGAAAAGAUAUUUAAUCUCUAUCAGAAAGCUUCAGAAAAUGAGAGCAUGGAACAACCAGGAACAAAGAAAUGUCGACGUACUUACAGCAAGCAGGUCCCAAAGAGCAUGAUUGGAUGUGCUCUUUCUGAACGUGAUCCAUUGUAUAUGCAUGUUCUUUAUAUGACACCAUCAUAUGAGGAACCUCCUGAAGAUAAUACUAGAAGACAUGCAUUUUAUGAAUUACUACAAACAAAACACUAUUUUGCAAUUCUUAGCAGCAAAAAACUUCCUGAGCUCUGUGACUUUCCUGUAUAUCUGAAUGUGGGGCAGGUAGCAGUACAUUUAGUAGUUAAUAAUGCAGUCCUCUAUUUACAAAGUCAUGAAAUAUCAAGCCUUCAACGAUUUCAUGCUAUGUUAUUUUUUGAUUUGUUGAAAUUGAACAAAUCAUAUGUUUUGGCUGAUCCAAAAAGUGAAGAGAACAAUUUCCUCAUUGUUCCUGUUACAAAACAGGAACAAUUGGACACUUAUCUGAUUGACUGGAAUGUGGUUAAAAAUAAAUGUCAUCUCCCUGCUUUUAAACAACCAACUGAAGCCGAGAGGCUUGGAAACGAUUGUGAAUGGUCCAAAUUUCAACAUUCAUUAGUGGUUCCAUGGUACCGUGGAUUACCUCCUGAUCAGGUGUAUGUGGUCACCCAAGUGUGUGAAGAUUUGUCUCCAUUAAGUGCUUUCCCCACUUCUGCAUUUUCAACUUUUGAAGAGUAUUUUCAUGGCAAAUAUUCUCUUGUUAUACAUCAUUCUUCCCAGCCACUAUUUGAAGUUAAAGCUAUCACAAGUCACCUGAAUUGUUUGAAACCCAGGUCAGGUAAUAUGUCAGGAAGGAGCAAGCGAAAAGAAGCCAACGAUGACUUUGAGGAACAUUUAGUGCCAGAAUUGUGUAUACCCAUUGACUUCCCUAGCAGUCUAUGGAUAAAAGCUGUGUGCUUGCCAUCCUGCCUGCACAGAAUAACACAUCUACUUCUAGCUGAAGAACUGCGACAAGAAAUUGCUGAAGAUCUUAAUUUUCAGCCUCAUGCAGGAGAGAAAUUAGAUCUCUUUCCGAUUGAUCCUGUUUGUCUAUCUGAAGAUGAAGAUAAGCCGAAACGUUCUGUCAGUCGUUCAGGUGCUAAAGGAAAUGCAGGAAUCCUCAGCACAAAGACAAGUCUUUGGGGUGGGGAGGGAGAGCCAGUGGAUAUUGAUCGUGAGAGAGUGGAAGAUGUUACACUCAUGGAUAUACUCUAUUAUGAUGAAUUCAUAAAUAAACCUGCAGUACCUAUUGAUGAUUCUUCAUUAGAUGUCAGUGAAAUAAUGAAAAUUGAAGUACCAAGUCCAGAAGAAAUUGUAACACCAACAAUUACCCUACUGCAAGAAAAUCAUGGGGUUCAGCUCUCAAAGAUUUUACAGGCUUUGACUUGUGCAUGUUCUAACGAUGCUUUAAAUCUGGAACGACUGGAGACACUUGGAGAUUCAUUUUUAAAAUUUGCUUCGUCUCUUUUCCUUUUUCUGCGAUACCCUAAACUUGAUGAGGGCAAACUAACUCAAGUCAAAGGAAAAAUUGUGGGUAAUCGUAAUCUAUUUUACUGUGGAAGAAAUCGAGGACUUGUUGGGAAGAUGAAGGUUCAUGAAUUCAACCCAAGAGCUGAUUGGAUACCUCCAAGAUAUUGUAUACCAAAAGAAAUAGUUCAGAGUCUUUUGGAUCAGGAACUGUGCCCAUCUAUACUGUUUGAGAUCUCUUUUACAAGAGAAGAGCAAGAAAGUGGGGUUUUGUCUUCUGCUUCUCAAAAUAAAUGGCAAGAAGUCAUAAAUACAUCUGACAGAAAAUACACUCCUUCUCCUACAGAAAGUCUAAUUGGUAUUCAGUCUGUUCCUGAUAAAAUGGUAGCAGACUGUGUGGAGGCAUUGAUUGGUGCUUAUCUGCAGGGAUAUGGAAUUGAAGGUGCCUUAAAAUUAGUUUGCUGGUUGGGUAUUUUGCCUCCUGAUCUUGCUGAUCCCAAAUACCUACUGGGAUCAUCAUCAAUUUGCUCUCCUUAUGUUUCUCACGAAAAUAACCAUGAAGAAAAACUGAAUUACCUGCUACUUGAGUCUGAGGUAGAGAAACUAGAGAAGCGUAUCAAUUAUGUGUUUAAAGACAGGGGAUAUUUAUUGCAAGCAUUGAGUCAUGCUUCUUACAGUCAGAAUAGACUGACAGAUUGUUACCAGCGCCUUGAAUUUCUUGGUGAUGCUAUACUUGAUUUUCUUGUCACAUGCCACAUUUAUGAGCACUGUGGAGGUUUAUCACCUGGAGAUUUGACAGAUCUUCGUUCAGCUUUAGUCAAUAACAUAACAUUUGGUUCAUUAGCUGUUCGAUAUGGUUUUCAUCAAUUUUGUCGCUAUGAUUCUCCAAAGUUGUUUGAAAAAAUUGAUGCCUUUGUCAAUUUUCAAGAGAAACAUGGUCAUAGAAUCAAUGAAGAUGUUUUACUUCUUAUAGAUGAAGUUCCAGGUUUUAUUGGAGAAUCAGUUGAUGUGCCUAAAGUUCUUGGUGAUUUGUUUGAGUCUGUAGCUGGUGCUAUUUAUCUUGAUUCUGGAAAAAGUCUAUCAACAGUAUGGGAUGUUUAUUACAGAUUAAUGAAGAAUGAAAUAGAGCUCUUUAGUCAAGAUAUCCCAAAGCAGCCAGUUAGAAUACUUUACGAGUUGUGCAACCCACCUCCAGUUUUCAGCACAACUUAUCCCAUAGAUGACGUAAGAAAGGUCAUAGUAGAAUUAGAAGUAAUAGAGAAAGGCGAGAAGAACAGAUAUUAUGGAGUUGGUGAAAAUAAAACGGAAGCUAAGAGAACAGCAGCUAAACUUGCUCUGCGACAAAUGAAAAGUGAUGGGGUGUUUUAAUGACAACCAGCGUUUUUGAUUAAACUAUAGUAAGAAGCAUUCUAAAAGACUGAAAUGAAGACAGAAAUAAAUUCCAAUUCAUCUAUCACUUUAUAAAUAUUAUUUUUAAUAUAUUUCUAUUGUUUUUUGACAUUAUUUAUGUAUAAUUAUUUUUGGGGAAAAAUAUUUUUAUUUACGUUUGUAGAUUGCAAAUAAUGAAGCAACUUUUGUAUAUUUAUUGUACAUCCAGAUUAUAUGAAUAUUAGAUAUUAAGUGUUCCAAUCUUAAAUCAGCAGAAAUUGCCUGUAUGUGUUUUCAUAUGUAUACAGAAAUUGUAAUAUAACAGUAUGUCAAGUGUUUCAGUAUCAUGUAAAAUGUCCAGGUUUUAAUUAUUGAUAUACUUACAAAAAAUAUGUACCAGAGUCAUUCCAUGUCAAAUUGCAGUCACUAUGUCUCAGCAUCUUGUUACUUUUCUGUGAGUUCAAAGAUUGUCCCAUUUUGGAACUUACCAGACGUACAAAAAACUCUUCAAAGAAUACAGUGGUAUAUUUUUCGAAUUUUUUAAUUGUCAGGUAAAGGAAGAAAUGUAAAAAAUAGCAAUAAAGUAAAUCACAAAAUGGUUUUACAAAACUUGAUAAAUUCAAUGCAUACAUCACAUGAAAGAGUAUCAUUUGUUCUUUAAUGUACCAAACUAUUGAGUUUUUGCCACAAUUACUACACAAAUCAUAAACCAUUAACUUAAGCAAUCCAAUCAUUCUUUCAAAACUUUGAGAAUUAAAAACGUCUUGCAAAAACAUCCUUAGGAAAAAAUUUACAAUGCAAAUUUCAUAUUUUUGCAAAUAUUCUUCACAAAAAAUAAGUUUAAAUAUCUGGAACAUGAAGGUCAAAUUUUCCUUAAAUUUGUGCGAUUUGACAUGGAAUGACUCACCUAAUCCUUGAACACAUAUGUUCCCAUUUCCCCAAAUAUGCGAUGGCCAUUCUUCAUUCUCUUUCUUCAUUCAAAUGUCUGAGGUUGUGAAUAUUAUGAUCUCAUCAGAAAUGUACAUCCUUGAUAGUCUUUAUAUACAAAUUCUGAAAUUUCUGACCGCUACUUGUUGAUUUAGCUAAGAUCACUAAAGUAUUGUAAGACCCUGGUCAGGGUGUAACUUGUCAUAGUUUAGAUUUUUUUUCUAAAACCAUGCAUAUUUUAAAUUUUUGUGUUGUAAGUGGUUAAGUUGGAGGGAAAAGCUAAUGAUAAUGCAAGUUGUUGCUUUGCACCAAUAAUCAGCUUUAUCAAUGGCUUUAAUAUUUAUAGCAAAGCACCAAUUGUUUCGUGCUUUGGAACACUGUAGAGGUUUAUUUAAACAACAUAUUGAUUCCAGGUAAAAGUUGCUAAUAAUUUAUAUCAGAUAGCUCUAAAAAUGGCCUUGCAUCAUACGUGCAUAUGACACUGAGUACACAAGAAUAUAAAAAAAAUUAAUAUGGGAAUAUAUGGGUUCAUUUUGAGAAAACAUUUAGAAGUAUAAUUAUGCAAUUUUGCAGUUUGACCUUUUUUGUGUGUAUCGAUUAACAAAGAAUUUUUUUUUUUAUUUAAAACGUUUUAUUAUUAUUAUUAUUAUUAUUAUUAUUAUUAUUAUUAUAGUAACAGUAUACAGCGAAACCUGCUUAAAUGGCCAUAUUUGAUUGGAAUGGAUUCGUUUUUGCACUAGACAUGUAAAUAUUCCAUCUUUUACGCAGUCACCUGGCCUUGCAACGAGUGGCCUAGCAAAUUUCAUAGAUAAUCCUGUAUUAAGUGGUUAUUUCUAAUGAUUUUUCACCAUAAUAGAAUAGAGGAAAAGAUGUAAAGAUUUCUGAGGAUUCAACAUUCAUGUAUUGUAUGUUAGCUUCAGAAGAUGAUCACCUUCGUUAAUUCACUCUUUUAUUUGAUGUCUGAGCUCAAAAGUUUCCAGAGAAUGAGAACUGCCCCCUUCAGACCUAGUUUGUUUUGUUAAGGACAGAAAAUAAGUUUUUUAAUUAGUGAAUGAAGUCAAGGUAUGGCACUAGUCGAGGAGGAGUAAUUAAUCCUAUAUCCCUUGUUUGAGUUGAGUUUAAUAGCUUCAGAUUAUCAAAACAAUUUUAAAGAAACUACACACAUUUUAUAGACAAGUUAUAUAUUUAAGACAGGUUUCACUGUAUUUGCAUUUGUCAUGGAAUAUUUGUCUUUUGGAAAAUGUUUCCUUGUGUCAAUUUGAUUGAUCUAAUUAAUGACUGUCCAAAAGAUGUGUGUUUACAAAAGGAAUCUUUUUAUGUGGAAGGAAGAGUAUAUUUUGCUUAACAGUAGCUUAUUAAGUAUGGUUGUAAUGGAGUAUUUUCAGUGAAAGAAUUUGUUCAUAUAGUAGUAUUUUUGUGUGUUAAGAAUAAAAAUGAAAACCAAAUUGUUAAGACAAAAUUAUUUUAUUAAACUUAUUAUUAUUAUUAUUAUUAUUAUUGUUGUUAUUGGUAUUAUGAUAUUGGUAUUAUUAUUAUUUUUUAAACUUUAAUCAUGAAUUGUAAUUAACCAUUUGAAAUCACAUGUUAUAAUUAAAAAUUAUUCUUUAACCAUUUUUAUUCGUCUUUCUUUCUAUCUCAUUUGUUUUGCUGAAUAAAAGUUUAGAUUACUAAA